GCAAUUUUCCACUUCCAGCAGCACAAGUUCAAUUUUAUUGAAAUUUCAUAAUUUUAUUGUGGUUUCGCGCUCAUAAUAUAUUUUUUUCGUGAUGGAAUGGACAGAAGAAGACGUCGAAGAAGAUAUAGACGGGUGUAUACACAGUAUACAUGUCCGUAAUUUCUUUUGCCACGAUAAUUUGGAAAUAAAUUUGAAUAGAAAUGUAAACUUUAUUGUUGGUCGUAAUGGUAGUGGUAAAAGUGCAAUUUUAACGGCUUUGGUUGUGGGGUUGGGCGGCAGAGCCUCUGCUACAAACCGUGGGAAUAAUUUACAUUCAUUUAUUAAAAAAGGGGCUAAUUCUGCUACAGUAGAGAUAAAAAUAAAAAACAACAGUCCAAAAGCAUACAAGCACAAUGUAUAUGGAGAUUUCAUCACUAUUGUCAGAAACAUCAAUGCUUCUGGAGGUUCCAGCUACAAAGUCAAGUCGGCUACAGGAGAGGUCAUAUCAACCAAGUUUGAAGAGGUCAACUCAAUAAUAUUAGCACAUGACAUACAAGUAGACAACCCAAUCUCUGUCCUGAACCAAGACGAUGCAAGGAGUUUUCAUGCUUCUGACGCUAAGAAGAAGUAUUCCCUGUUUCGAAAGGCAACAAACCUUGAUCAGACUGAAAUCAACUAUGUGAAAGCACUUGAAAACUGCAACAAAGCCUCUGCGACUUGGAACAGGAAAAACGAUGCCUGUCAAGAAUUGGAAAAGGAGUACAAAAAAUGGAAGACCAGUCACGAACAGCUACAGUCCCGCGACGAGAUUGAGGCACAGAAGCAGGCUUUACAAAAUGAGUACUACUGGAGCGAGAUCGCGGACUUCGAGCGCGAGGCCGCCAUGGUGCAGGCGCAGUAUGACAAGCAGCAGGCGAGGGUCGACAGGCUUGUGGAGAAGUUGGGGAAGAUGAAGGAUAACUUCGGGAACAAUAAUGAGGCCUUGGAGGCGUUAAGGACCCAAAUGGACGAGAAGACCCUCGAAAAGACAGCCCUUGAACAAGAGUUGCGCGCUCUAGAGACGCAAGUGCGAGAACUACAGGUGGAGCAGCGUACAGCGCAGCACGCCGCCUCCAAGCAUCAAGAACUCAAGGCCAGAGAGGAGCGGAAGGUGGCGGAUAUCGAGCGGGAGAUCAACAACGUGGAGCAGCGCGUUGCCUCCAAGCACCAGGAGCUCAAGGCCAGAGAGGAGCGGAAGGUGGCGGAUAUCGAGCGGGAGAUCAACAACGUGGAGUGGAGCAGCACGCUGCUUCCAGCACUAAUUGUUCAAGGCCCGGGAGGAGAAGAAUGUUGCGGAUAUGGAGCGGGAGAUCAACAACGUGGAGCUUCCCGAACGAACUAUGACACCGCGCACCACGACGUCACGCAGGCGCGCGCGCACCAGCAACACGUGCACCAGCAGCAUGAUAGUGCCGUCGCAUCCGCGCAGCGCGCCAGGGUCUCUCUCAGCUUCUCGAGUGACCUUGACACCGCGCACCAUGACGCCACGCAGGCGCGUGCUCAUCAACAACACGUGCAGCAGCAGUAUGAUACCGCCGUCGCGGCUGCCCAGCGCGCCAGGGACUCGCUCAUGACCUAUGACGCCGCGCACCACGACGCCACACAGGCGCGCGCGCACCAACAACACGUGCAGCAGCAGCAUGAUACUGCCGUCGCGUCCGCGCAGCGCGCCAGGGACUCGCUCAGGACCUAUGACACCGCGCACCACGACGCCACGCAGGCGCGCGCUCACCAACAACACGUGCAACAGCAGUAUGAUACUGCCGUCGCGGCUGCCCAGCGCGCCAGGGACUCGCUCAAACAAUUAAAACAGCAGCUGCGCGAGCUGGAGUCGCGCGGCAACGACUCGCUGGCGGUGUACGGCAACAACAUGGCGGAGCUGUGCCAGCGCGUCAAGCAGGCCGUCGCUAGGGGAGAGUUCAGCGCGCCGCCGAGGGGACCCAUUGGUUCAUACCUAAAAGUGAAGGAUAAAAAGUGGGGGGGUGUUUUGGAACACAUCAUCGGAGGUUCGCUGACGUCAUUCUGCGUCAACUCCCCGGAGGACUCCAGGAAGUUGUUCGAGAUUAUGGGCCAAGUGUACGGUCGCGCAGGCAAGCCGGCGGUGACAUCUAGCAAGUUUCUACCGCGUGCGCACGAUGUAAGACGACAUAAGGUGCGCGCGGCGGGCUUCACGUGCGCUUUGGACGCGCUCGACGCGCCCGACCCUGUUAUUGCCAACUACCUCAUUGAUAAUGUUGGUUUAGAGAGCGUGCUGCUGGUGCCUAGUCAUGAGGACGCGGUCCGUCUCUCCGACACGGUGGAGAACGUUCCGGAGAACUGCGCACGCGUCGUGACGCUAGAAUGUGGCGAAUACUACCCGGCGCCCAACUACCGCUGCUACGGCGGCACGGCGCGCCCCACGCGGUAUCUGCAGGUCAGCACGGCCGAACGCAAGAGGCAAGUGCAAUCCGAGAUCCAAGAAGCGGAAUCGCGCCUCAAAGCGCUGGAAGCCAAAGCCGAGGAAUUGAACCAAGAGUUGCGCGAGGCGCGGGACAACGAGCGCGCUGCGAGUAGGACGCUUCAAGCGCUGGUCGGGGAACGCCAUGAGAAAGACGAGGCGGCCAGGACCGCAGCCGCCGCGUUGGAACAGCAACAAGCGCCGCACCAUGCUGUAUUGCUGGACGAGCUAAACAUCUCUAAAGAGAAGCUGCAUACCAUCUCGGAGAAGCUCGCCUCGCACUCGCAGCAGUCGCAGGCGCUGCGGCGCCGCAUCGACGAGCUCGACGCCGGCGCGAGGCGCGCCAAGAACCGGCUGGCAGACGUGUCAGCUGCCUGCCGCAGCAUGAGCCUGGACAUCUCCAAGAAGCUGCGUACCAUCUCCGAGAAGCUCGCCUCUCACUCGCAGCAGUCGCAGGCGCUGCGGCGCCGCAUCGACGAGCUCGACGCCGGCGCGAGGCGCGCCAAGAACCGGCUGGCAGACGUGUCCGCUGCCUGCCGCAGCAUGAGCUCUACAACAGAUGUACUUUCCUCCAGGGACCGUGCCAUAGUGACCAACGAGCUGAAGAAGACUCAACUGAAGCUGAGUUCUAUCCGCAGCGACGGACUGACCAAGGCGCAGGUGGCAGAGCGACUGCUCGAGGUGGAGCGCAAGUAUCGCCGCACCAAACAGACGCUGGCUCGCCUCAAGGGGCUCAUCGACGAGAUUCAAAACACAACGGAUAAACAUCUCAACUUCUGCCACCGAGUGCAGACUUACAUCGCGAGACGAGUUCAAUAUUGUUUCCAGUCUAUACUGACUUUGCGUGGAUAUUCGGGCAGCAUGGAAAUAGACAACGCGCGCGGCGCGCUCGAGAUCGUAUGCACGGGUCGCGAGCAAGCCGGCAAGCGACACGCGUCCAGCACGUCAUCACUAUCGGGCGGCGAGCGAUCCUACUCUACCGUGGCCUUCAUCAUGGCGCUGUGGGAGUGCGUCGAGCUGCCCUUCUAUUUUAUGGACGAGUUCGACGUGUUCAUGGACAACGUGAACCGCAAGAUAGUGAUGGAGCUGCUGAUCGACCACGCGCUCAAGAACACGAGUCGCCAGUUUGUGUUCCUCACGCCGCAGGACGCUUCAGCCGUAGUCGCGGGCCCGCAGAUCAGCAUACACCUGAUGGCUGACCCACGACCGUAGUGCCGAAAAAGUUAAGUAAACAGUUCAGUGAUUAUUAAUGUGAUUGCAAUUAUUACACCAGUGAUGUGUUUCAAUGUUACCAUAGGUAUUUAAAAUGUCUUAACUACUUGUCUAAACAUUCCGACACUUAAAAACCCGCCGAAUGUUAGAUAUUUUAAUUGAUUUUAUAAUAUUAAGGAUUUAAUUAAUAUACAUUUUAUUUUUUAAA